AUGCAACAUACCUCGCUGCUUCCAAAACCUGAUCCUUGGACCGUCGAGGCUGUCGUAAAAGACCUGCCUUCGAACACUUCAGACCUUACCGCAAAGUCUAGCUCUUCCUCUCCCGUACAGUUCUUUCACUAUGUCGAACGACUAAAGAUCGAGAAACGUGAGGGAUGGCGACGAUUUGGCAUUUCUCGUGGCGAAUCGAUCGCAGACCACAUGUAUCGAAUGUCUAUCAUUACCAUGCUCGCACCACCUGACUUAGCAAAGAAGCUCGAUAUUCCUCGCUGUACAAAGAUGGCACUAAUACACGACAUGGCUGAAGGUCUGGUUGGUGACCUGACACCUGUUGACGGUGUACCGAAAAUCGAAAAGAGCAGACGAGAAGCCGACACGAUCGAUUGGGUUGCAAAGAGUUUGUUAGGCAAGGUCCAUGGUGGAAUCGCUGGCCAAGAUCUGAAGGCAGUCUGGCAAGAGUACGAAGACGCUGAGACGUUGGAGUCGAUUUUUGUCCACGACGUAGACAAGGUCGAACUCUUAUUGCAAAUGGUUGAGUACGAGAGAGCCAACGACUGCCAAAUCGACUUGAGUGAGUUCAGUUGGGUCGCAAAGAAGAUCAAGUUGGACGAGAUGAAGCAGUGGGCGGAGGACAUCCUGCAAGAGCGAACCAAUCUUUGGGCAAAGUAUGAGCUUUCUCCUCGUGACCCGACCGCUGCCGAUACGAUACAAAAACAGCAAGACGACUAUUACGAUAGGGGUGAAAAAGUACAAGCGAACGGGCACGCUGGAUAA